CUUUAAAAGACAACCCGGCAUGCGAGAACUUUAACAUUAAGACCCCCUGCCACAGAAAGAACAAGCCAUGCCUUAACGAAGGCAGGUGUGUCUUUAAAAACAGCACCCAUCAAUGUCAAUGUGAAAAUGGGUAUCGGGGAAAACAGUGCCAAAAAGUACCACCAAACUCUUGCAAAGCACUUCUCCAAGCAAACUCUUCCUUGCCGUCUGGAUUGUAUUCCAUUUCCCCAGAUGGCACCAAUGUCAUCAAAGUCUACUGUGAUAUGGUAACGGACGGUGGAGGCUGGACUCUAGUAUACAGCUAUACGUUCACAAACUAUGGUAAUUUUAAAGCAACAAGCAAUGCAGUGACACCACAACCAAACUGGCCAAGCAAGGGUAACGUCCCAGUAUCAACCACCCCUCCCCUCAGUGAAACUGAUUACGCCGCGUUGGAGUUUGAACUAUGGAAAAACAUCGGUGGUCAAGAGGUCAUCAUUAAAUCAAACAUCAAUCACUGGAUUCAGUGCAAGGAAGGAACCGGAAGUCUAGUGAACUGGAGAACUGGAAGUUUUACAUGUACAGUGAUCAAAGCAGUUGCCUCCGGUUGUAUUGAUACCGUUCCUUCACAAUUAGCUAUUGCUAAUUAUGGGCCCUAUUUCAAACGGGGUUCUGGCUUGCUGACUACGUACUAUCUCUUUGAAGUCUUCACCACAAAAAACUGGCCAACUCACGACCCUUGCGGAACAAAUAAAGACGGGCACGUUAAGGGUGUGGCUAAUCCCCAUGGUAACAUCUACAUACGCUAAAUAGCGUUACCCAGAACCAUCGCAAUCUCAGCUCACGUUAUGGAA